GCCAGCUUUUCUCCGGCUCCCGCACCAGAAAAGUCUCAGAUAACUUUUUUUCGUUAUCGGUCGCCGCAACCAUCGACUCCUGGUAACCACAACUACGAAAAGAUGGCGAAGAUCAAGAAGAAGGGCACGUCUGGUCAGGCGAAAAACUACAUCACCAGAACGCAGGCAGUGCGCAAGCUUCAGAUUUCCCUGCCUGAUUUCCGAAGGCUAUGCAUCUUCAAGGGUAUCUAUCCCCGUGAGCCUCGUAACAAGAAGAAGGCGUCCAAGACCGCGACUCCGAAUACUACUUUCUACUACACGAAAGAUAUCCAGUAUCUUCUUCAUGAGCCACUGCUCAGAAAGUUUCGCGAUCAGAAGGCGCUCUCCAAGAAGAUCGCACGGUCCCUGGGUCGAGGAGAAGUUGGCGAUGCCGCUCGUUUGGAAAAGAACAACGCCCCCAAGCUCACUCUCGACCACAUCAUCAAGGAGCGAUACCCGACCUUCAUCGAUGCGCUAAGAGAUCUCGAUGAUGCUCUUUCGCUUCUGUUCCUUUUCGCGAACCUUCCGUCUGACGCCAAUGUGCCCCCAAAGACGAUCGCACUGUGUCAGCGCUUGUGCCAUGAGUUCCAGCACUACCUUAUCACCACCAAUUCGCUUCGAAAGUCGUUCCUGUCCAUCAAGGGUAUCUACUACCAAGCGACUAUCCAGGGCCAGGAUAUCAUGUGGCUUGUCCCCUACCGCUUUGUCCAGAAAGUCAGCGGAGAUGUCGACUACCGGAUAAUGGCCACCUUCGUUCAGUUCUACACCACUCUACUCGGCUUUGUCAACUUCAGACUCUACUCAUCAAUUGGUCUUGUGUAUCCGCCGAAGUUCGACACUCGCAGUGAUGAAAAUGGUGCAGAGCUGGCGGCAUUCUCCCUGGAGGGCAAGCAGGUCAGUGCUCUCAAGGCGAUUGAAGCCAAAGGCUCCCAGGCCAAUGGCCAUGCAGACAAGGAAGUCUCGCGUGAGAUCCAGGAGAAGGUGGACAGUAUGAUCAAGACUGCUGCGCUGGACGAGGAACCCGAGGAGCAGGUGGUCGAGGCGGAGGAAGCGAACGAAGACGCGAUCGAUAAGUUCGAGCCCGCAGCACCGGAAGCCGACACGCUUCCUCAACCAGGGCUAAGUGGCAACGAAGCUGGUUCCCUUUUCGCGCCUUUCACUUUUUUCAUCUCUAGAGAGGCUCCUCGAGGCCCACUUGAGUUCAUCCUGCGUGCGUUCGGCUGCAAGCGUAUCGGAUGGGAUCCAGUCCUAGGUGACGGUGCCUUCACGACGGACGAGUCCGACCCGAGGAUCACUCACCAGAUCGUCGACCGGCCGCCUCUUCCUGAGUCAUCUCUCCCUUCUAUCCCUGACGAUAAGAAGGAUGGAGCUGUUCAGAAGAUCAGACCUGGAAUGCGUGUCCCAGGAAGGACGUACAUCCAGCCCCAGUGGGUUUGGGACUGUAUCAACGAAGAAAAACUGCUUCGUCCUGAUCUCUACGCACCUGGUGCUACUCUUCCACCCCACCUAAGCCCCUGGGUGAAGCCGAGCAAGGGUGCCUACGAUCCUCGUGCCAGCCUUGCUGAGCAGGAGGAAGAAGACGAAGCCGAGAUGUCUGCCGAGGAAGAGGAUGAGGAGGAAGACAAGAGCGACGAGGAAAUGGAGGAUGCCCCCAAGGAGAAGAAGAAACAAUCUUCCAAAGCCGUGGAGGAGUCUGAAGAAGAUGACGAGGACGAUGAGUCCGUCGAUGGCGGCAUGGAUAUCGAACUCGCAAAUUCGGACGAAGAUGAGAGUGACAGUGAGAGUGAUGAGGAAGAUGAAGAAUUCGACGGAUUCGAGGAGGAGGCCGCGUCUGAGUCGGAAGAUGAGGAAGAGGCCGCUCGUACCCAGCACCAGAAGGAACUUGAGGCCGAGGCUGCUGGUCUUCCUUACACCGCAGGCAGCGGUGCGGAUAAGGGCAAGAAGCAAUCUGCCCAGUCAAAGAAGCAUGCAGCCAAGAAGCGCAAGGAAGAGGAGGAGCUGGAGAGACAGAAGAUGAUGAUGAGCCGGAAGAAGCGCAAGCUUCUGGAUAAGAUGCUCUACUCCAACAAGAAGAAGGACGCGGAGGCUCAGAAGCUGCGUAGCAAGAGAAGGAAGAUCGAGAAGGCCGCGGCAAAGGCGUAGGAAGGCAACCAAAAGUUACUCUUGUAAAGGAAAAAUGAUAUCCUUGGUGUUUCUGGAGGCUUCUUUAUGUGGAUAUAGAAUUGGUUCAUGCUGUGUUUAUGAAAUAUUACCAUCGUUCGUCGCAUAAUGCAUUAAGUAGUCAAAAGGUAUCGACAUCUUGCACUCCAUAUCGACCGUGAGCCCUCUCCAGCUACAUGGCUAGUUC